AUGCAACAUUCUCAUGAACAAAGUCUUUACGAUGGAAUGUCAAAAAGUAUACAAACCAAGAAAGCAUUUAUGCCAGAAAGGUACACAGGUAGUACAAGUCAAGCAUGUAAACGUUGUAGUCGAAUGGAUUGCAAAGACGGUUCAAAGAAACGCAAACCAAUUCCACAAGAAAAAGAAGAAAUCAAGCGUCAAAAAGAAAAAAGGGUCUUCAAGAACUUCAACAAAAGCAAAAGAACGAAGAAACUUCACCUUGCCAACGAUAUCUCAAGACUGGGAUCCAUGAUGAACAACCACCACACUCUAGUGCCUCUUUGUCCUUUCCAUCCUAUCCCUUUCAAUGACAUCAAGGCUGCUCUACUUGGCCAAAACGAAGCAGCAACACGAAAAAUUAGUCUCGCAAACUCCCUCAAACUACAAGACGACAAAAAAGAAGUAUUACUGAAUCAAGUGAACGCAAUGGCCUUGGUUGAAUUUUACGGCGAUAUAAUGUUUCGACGUGCCUCUUUUGCUAAUCACACUGGACAACAAAAGCUUGAUACAGAAAUGAAGGACAUUUUCGUUGGUGAGGGAAGCAAGUAUUCAAGUGGCGUGGCAAAAUCCGAUAUCCGUACUUCAGAGAACAACACUGUGAUGACCCCUACUGAUAUUGCAAUGAACAGAUAA